GGGCCCAGUGGGUGGAGCAGGGGUGUCUGGGCACCAGGACUCCUGGGUUCUUUUCACAGCUAUGCCCCCUGCUCCUUGUCUGAGCCUUUGUUUCUGGCUCUCGUACCUGGUCUCCCUCCUCUGGGUUCUUUCUCCCCUCCCUGACAUGCCCCCGGCCCCCUUGCAAGCGCUCUGGUGUUUGGCUGCAGGUGCUGUGGUCUGGGAGAUGCCUGGGGGUCGUCUCUAGCGGAGGAGGCCCGGCUGCCGGCGUCCAUGCACUGGGCCCUCAGGAUCUGCAAGAGCGUUCUGCGGGCGCCAGGGGCGAGCCAGCCUUCCCGAGCCAUGGCUGUGCGGAGCACCGCUCUCCCUGGGCACAACGGCCACGGCGCCGUGACAGCCGGGAUCAUCAUCAUCGGAGACGAGAUCCUGAAGGGCCUCGUCCAGGACACAAACUCUUUCUUCAUGUGCCGGAAGCUGCGGUCGCUGGGGGUGAAGGUCGCAAAGAUCUCCGUGAUCCCCGAUGACGUCGACGCCAUUGCCGUGGAGAUCUCCUCCUUUGCGGCCAGGUUCACCUACGUGCUGACGGCGGGGGGCAUCGGCCCCACGCACGACGACGUGACCUUUGAGGCGGUGGCCAAAGCCUUCGGGGAGCAGGUGCGCCCCCACCCAGAGCUGGUCGCCCUGGUGCACCGCUUCUUCGGCAAGACGGACGUGGGUUGCCCCGAGAUGAAGCUGGCGCGUGUGCCCGAGUCCUCGCUGCUGAACUACGGCACGGACAAGAGGACGGGCGAUGCCCUGAAAUACCCCCUCGUCAGCGUGCGCAACGUCUACGUCUUCCCGGGCAUCCCGGUGCUGAUGGAGCGGGCGCUGGAGGGGCUCGGCCACCUCUUCCGCAACGAGCGGACCCGCUUCCAUUCCCGAGAGCUCUACGUCAGCGCCGACGAGACGCUCCUGGCCCCCCUGCUCAACCAGGCCAACGCCUGCUUCGGGAGCCACACGCAGCUGGGCUCCUACCCCGACUGGGUCAACAACUACUACCGCGUCAAGCUGACCCUGGACUCGGAGUCUGAGCAGCACCUGGAGGAAGCCUACAGCUUCCUGCUGCAGAACCUGCCGCCGGCAGUGAUCAUACCCCUUGUGACAGACCCUGUGGCGCGGGCGGCCAUGGACGUGUAUGCCCUGGCGGAGUCUGGUUCCGCCCUGGGCCAGAAGGUGGCAGCAGCGCUCCGGACCCUGGAAGAGGCCUUGGAUCGGUUCCGCCUGGCCCAGAUCUGCGUGGGUUUCAACGGGGGCAAGGACUGCACGGCCCUGCUGCACCUGUUCCACGCCGCUGUGCAGAGGCGAUUCCCGGAGCGGAAGGAGAAGGUGCCGGUGCUCUAUAUCCGUGUCGUGUCCCCCUUCCCCGAGAUGGAGCAGUUCAUUCAGGCCACCGUGCAGAGGG